AUGGUGCAGCGAUGUCGGGGGACACCGUAUCACAUUGACUGCUUCCGGUGUUACUAUUGCGGCAAUGCGCUCAACCCUGGCGACAAGUUCCACUGCCAGGGCAACAUUCUGGUGUGUGAAUGGGACUAUCAGAGGAUCGCGUAUUAUACGGUCACACAGAGUUAUGGUAACCUUUUCAACGGAAAUUUCAUGCUGCCAUCUGCCAAGGAUAUUACGCAAAUCUCGCUCAACUAUCCAAUGGGUACUAACGAUGUCCCCGACGAGUCGUCCAACUUA